GGUAAACUCAUGAGUCGAACGCGUCAUUGGGUAUAACGGUCGUUUCGCGCCAAACUGCGCAUGUUCAGGCCGCCAGGGACUUCUUCGACAUAAAGUCGUUUUUGACAAAAAUGAAGACGUGUCAGUUUGUCACGUUCACGAGGAAUGCCCAACACCAGCACCAGGCCUAAACGUGGCAGACGGAACCGUCGGGUGCCCAGGGAGGACCCUGCCAGGAAUGAGCUGGUGUCCAGGUCACUGGAGAGUGCCCAGCAGUGUCUGUUCAACCAAGACUAUGGGACUGCCUUUGUCCACUACCUUCUCGUCCUCAACCUGGCUCCUGUGUUGAAGGACUUUGCCAGUGAGUCCUUUAGGUUCACUCUGUUCAAAUGGGCAGAUGAGCUUGACUCUCUGGGGCGCAUCCAGGACCUGUUUGACUGCUAUGAACAGGCUCUGGAGCUCUUCCCUACUGAUGAGGUCAUCAUCAACAGCAUGGGUGAACACCUGUUCAGAAUGGGAUUCCGGGAUGAGGCCGCUGGUCAUUUCCACAAGGCCCUGAAGCUGAAGCCGGACUACCCUGAGGCCAAGGAGAAUUUCUACCGUGUGGCCAACUGGCUGGUGGAGCGCUGGCACUUCCUGAUGCUCAACGAUCGCAGGAGGAACCACAAGUACCAGCAGGCCAUCCAGAAGGCUGUUGAGGGAGGUUGCAACACUGUGUUGGAUAUAGGCACAGGGACCGGUAUCCUCGGAAUGUGUGCUAAGAAGGCAGGGGCGGCUGAGGUGUACGCCUGUGAGCUGUCCAAGACCAUGUACGAACUGGCCUGUGAGGUGGUCACUGCUAACGGAAUGAACGGACUCAUCAAGAUCCUCCAUAUGAAGUCGCUGGAGAUGGAAGUGCCUAAAGACAUCCCUAAGAGGGUAUCGCUGGUUGUCACCGAGACUGUGGAUGCCGGCCUAUUUGGUGAAGGUAUUAUAGAGAGCCUUAUACACGCCUGGAAUCAUCUGCUUUUGCCUCCACAGAGCACCCAGGACCCACCCAGGCCUCCCUCCCAAGCAGGCCGGGUCAUCCCUGCCGGAGCCACUGUGUUUGGGAUGGCUGUCCAGUGCCUGGAGAUCCGCCGUCAUCACAGGCUGUGUGUGUCUGAGAUGGGAGGCCUGGCCACGGCUGCAGCCGGAGAGCUCCACAGCCCAGUAAGCUGCAGCUCAGAGGAUGACUCCACAGAGCCCUACACCACAGAGAGACUGAGCAGACUGCCUGGAGGCUACACGCCCCUCACUGAACCCUUCAAUGCCCUGGACAUAGACUUCAACAACGUGCAGGAGCUGGAGGGUCUGUGCUCCAGGGAGGUGAGCCGGGUGCGUCUACCUGUAACUGGGGAGGGUCUGCUGGACGCCCUGGCCGUGUGGUUCCAGCUCCACCUGGACCUGCAGAGUAGCCUGUCCACCGGCCCUAAGGAGGACACCUGCUGGGAGCAGGCCAUCUACCCCGUUCAGACACCACACAAUUUUCCCCUGAGGCCUGGUGACGAGCUCAUCGUGGAGAUCUCCUGCCGGGACGCCUACCUGAGACUCUGCAGCGUUGCCGUAGCGAGAGACGGACGAGAGUUCCGUCUAGACGACUGUCUGGAUCCAGACAAACCUAGAAACACCCCAGGCCCGAGCGGAAAUCCCAACCCAAGCCUUAACGCCGAGGCAGAACUGUGCAGCGCCCUAGCUUGCCUCGGGACAGAGCAGAGCAGUGGACCUCGAGACUACACCAUGCUGGAGUGUGCUGAAAUGGCCCUCCUCAACAACCAGCCCUACCACGAUAGUUUCCGCAGGGCACUGGCUAAACUCAUCACCAACCUGAAGGACGCUCAUUCGGUCCAGGGUCCCAGCCAGGGUCAAGGGUUAGAGGUCAUGCCUCUCACUGACCCCAGUGGCCCUAUGGACCCUGGUCCCGACCCCUUCUAUGUGCUGGACGUGUCCGAGGGCUUCUCUGUUCUAUCCCUCAUGGCAGCCAGUCAGGGCCAGGUGAAGGCCUAUAGUUCGGUAGAGAAGACCCAGCACCAGGCGGUGCUCAGGAGGCUGGCCAGGGCCAACGGUGUCCCAGAGGAGGCUCUCGAGUUCUGGCUGAACCAGGUGGAGGAUGAGCAGGCAGUGCUCCAGAGACCCUCCAGGGAGAAGCUGUGGAGCGCCAUUAUAUUAGACUGUGUGGAGACCUGUGGCUUAGUGAGGCAGAAGCUGAUGGAGAAAGCCACCCUAGCCAGGUGCCUGUUGGAGGACGGUGGUCAGAUCUUCCCAGAGAGAAUAGUGUUGUACGGGAUGCUGGUGGAGUCUGACACCCUGCUGCUGGAGAGUGCUGUCCAGGGCCAGGAGCCAACACUGGGCUUCAACAUCGCCCCGUUCAUCAACCAGUUCACUGUUCCAGUCCAUGUGUUUCUGGACUUGUCCACUCUGCAGUGUAGACAUCUCAGUGACUCUGUAGAACUCUUUAUCCUGGACCUCAUGAACACCAACGCCAACUAUACCAACAGAGACGUCAAGGUCCAGGCUAGUGCCUCAGGCAGGGUGACUGCUGUGCCCUUCUGGUACCAGAUCCACCUGAACGAGGAGAUCAGCGUGAGCACCUUCAACCAGGACUCCCAUUGGAAGCAGGCUGCUGUGGUGCUGCACCAGCCCCUGGCAGUGAGGGAGGGAGACUGGGUACGACUGGCCGUCACCCUGCAGAAGAGCUCCAUCUCCAUAUCAGCCAGUAUAGAGGAAGAGGCUGGAGAGACCGGGACUGUGGAUUCUGUUAGAGUCCGAUAAGUAGAUGUCUGGUGAUAUGAAAGUACAAGAGUCAUCUUCAUAAGUGUUUAAAAGGAGGGAGUUGCAGUGCUUUUGAUUCUACAAGAGCAUCAAGUCCACUCAGUCUUACUGGGAGAGAGGUCAAGGUAUCACUCUGGGUUCUAUAUUGUGAGUGUGAACUGCAUAUAUGUCGAGGAGGGGAAGGGAUUGGACUAUGGAUUCUCCGGAAGCUCCAGCUCUAAAAUGACCCAUAGUCUACAAUAGCUACCAUCUCAAUAUGCCUUCUCUCAGGACUUUCACAUGUUUUAUGAUGUGCUCACCUUGAGACGUUUUGGUCUUUAGUGUGUUCAUAAUCUUGUUUUGGAAUGACGUCUCUUGAUUAUGGUUGCAGUCUUCAUUCAAAUGUUUUGUAUCAGCACUUGCAUUUUAUCUCCAAAAUAAUCAUUUAGAAAUCAAAGAAAAUCAUAAUGAACAAACAAGAGACUUGGUGUCACCUCAACAACAUUGUGUCAAUUUCUUAUUGACACUAGCAAAAACUGACAGCCACAUUUAAUUUCAUUUAUUGGAGGGUGAAUGUUUGGAACUUUGAGUUGAACUCUCAAAAGACAAAGGUGCUGACACAUUUGAUGUAGUACUUCCCUCUGAAGGUUAAUGCUUUGUGACAAACAUCAGGUAAGGCAAUAGCUGCACACACUUGACACACAUUCCUGAUAGGAAGACGUUCUAGUAAAAGACUGAUAGUCUUUUAAAAGACUAUCAAUCCCUUUCAGUACAGUAAAUCACAACUAAUAUCCCUGAAAAGCUUAAAACAGAAAUUAGAAUGGUAAGUUAAAUGUCAGAUACAUUGGUGCAACAAAAGGUAUAUUUAUAACCAUGACUAUGUAAGCAUCAGUUUAUAUUUACAAAUGAGAGGCAGACGUGAAAUGUGUGAAUUACUUGAUAGUGGAUACACUAGGACAAGGCAUCUGAGAAGACGAUCGAGGCUGUUAGUGUUAAUGCCAAAGUGAGACACCGCUUCAUGCUUCAAAAACUGUACUAUAGGUUUAAAGACUGUAUUCAAGCAUGUACAAACCAAUGAUGUACAGUACCAGUCAAAAGUAUUGACACCUACUCAUGAAGGGUUUUUCUUCAUGCCAAGAGUGUGCAAAGCGGUCAUCAAGGCAAAGGGUGGCUACUUUGAAGAAUCCCAAAUAAAAACAUUUUCAUUUC